AAAACGCUGGAGCCAUCACUUUGACUGGCAACCAAGAGAUCAGUAAGCGACAAUGGCGGCGAACACGGCUGAGAAGCUCGCGAAGGAGAAGGAGGAGGGCGCAUCUGAGUACCAGAAGCAGAAGAAGGUCGUGGGCGACCUGCUCUCUAGCGCUGAAAAUGGCGAUUUGGAGCAGUUAGAGAAGACGCUCGAGUCUUUGCAGGUGAUGGGCGUCACUGACGUCAAGGAGGCGCUUAUGGACUUUAAGGACGCGCACAAGCGCACAGCGCUGCACUUUGCAGCGGCUAAAGGACGUCGCAAAGUGAUCAGUUUCAUUCUGGACCGCGCGCCCGAGUGCGUUGAGUGCGUGGACGAGGAAGGCGCUACACCUUUACUAUACGCAGCCAAAGAGAACGAAUUCGCGGCUGUUAAACUGCUGCUAGCUUACUUUUCCGACCCCAAUACAGCCAUGACGAACGGCACGACGGCUUUGCACGAGGCAGCAGCGAAUGGUUCUAUCCGUACAGUGAAGCUGCUGGUGGAGCACAAGGCACAGCUAGAGGCGACCACUAAGAACGGCACAGCAAUGCACUUUGCGGUCAGUGAGAAUCGCGAGAAGACGGUGGCGGAGCUGCUGCGUCUUGGCGCCAAGGCUGAUGUCAGGAACGCUGGCGGUGUGACUCCACUGAUGCUGGCCUGCCUCAUGAACAAGCCAGUUGUGGUGAAGGAGCUACUAGAGGGCAGCGCUACACUGUCAUUGACUAUGGAGGGUAACCUUACAGCCCUGCACAUGGCUGCUGAGACGGGCUUUACUGAGGUGGUGCAGGAGUUCUUGAACUGCCGCCCAGAAGACACCAAGGAGGUGGCGAACUUGGCGUCCGACGCUGGAGCAACGCCACUACAAUUGGCUGCGGGUAUGGGACACCACGAGAUUGUGACUCUACUUAAGCCUAUUACCAAGGGGUUCGAGGACGCUGACCUGGAUAAACUGAUGGCUGAGGAGAAGAUCAAGUUGGAUGCAUACUACGAACAGGCUGCGAAGAACAAGACGUCUGCUGCCCCUGCUGCAGUCACUGAGCCUCAGACGGUGGAAGAGAAGCUCGAGGCUGAGAAUAAGCGGAAGCUUGCUGAGAUCGAGAAAGAAGAGGACAUUGCAGUCCCUGAAGCUGUGGAAGCCACUGAGGAGCAGAAGAAUGAAGCUACCAAGUUCAAAAACGACGGCAACAAAGCUUAUUUGGCCAAGGACUAUGCCUUGGCUGUCGAUCUUUACUCCAAGGCUAUCGCGAUCACACCGGCUGAUGCUGUGCUGUACAGCAACCGUUGUGCGGCUCAUCUUGGCGCGGGCGAUGCGAAACAGGCGCUGCAUGAUGUGCGUGUGUCAAAGAAGCUGCGUCCUGACUGGCCUAAGGCGUUAUUCCGCGAGGGUCAGUGUCUGGAGGCACUUGGACUCUACGAAGAGGCUGCCUGUGCCAUGUGGUCCGCGAUGCAGCUCGCUCCGGAUGAUAAGCUGCUUAAACGCCGAUUCCAGGAGUGCGUUAAGCGCGGUCGCUCCGAUCACCAGGCCAAGCUGCAGUCUGCCGCUUAAGAUGAUAGACGUGUCAUGGACUAAUAUAUACACAGCUUGAUGCGUUGAAAAGCUGGUAGCUUUUUGAAAUGCCUGAGAAUUCGACCGCUCUACGAAGAUGUCAUUGAAGAAAUUGACUGCAUCUUUCAAGAAAGCUGGAGAGAUUAUUUUUUUUUCAAAGCGAGAAAUCAUACAUGCAAAUACGCAGCAGGAGCUAGAAGUACGACCUCAAAAGAGAGUUUUCAACAAUGAAUUUAGAGCUUCGUGAAUCACGACAUUUGUAUUCUGGGACCUGUUCCAUUUCAACUGUGAACAUAAUUUCAAUUCGA